AUGUAUCAUCUUCAUCCAAUGAAAUGGAAGAAUUGGAAAGAAAGAUUGGACGAAGUUUUCGAAGAUAUCUGUGAAGAUACAAUCAACAACAUUAUCGAGGCCCAAACCAAAAAGCAAAAGAAACGAGCAUAUAUUGAACGAAACCGUGAAGCAGGACACAUCCGGUUAUGGAAUGACUACUUCUCCGAAAACCCACAUAUGAGGAACAUAUCUUCAUACGCCGUUUCCACCAGAUGCUACGAGAGGCUUGGUCUUUCGCCACUACAAAAAUGUACCGCAGCAAUUCGUAUGCUUUCUUAUGGUUCUGCAGCCGACGCGGUUGACGAAUAUCUCCGACUUGGUGAGAGCACGGCACUUUCGUGUUUACAUCAUUUCACUUAUGGAAUAGUACAAUUAUUUGGGGAGCAGUAUCUACGAAGACCCACACCAGAGGAUCUUCAACGACUCCUCGAUAUUGGAGAGAAACGCGGGUUUCCUGGAAUGAUUGGGAGCAUUGACUGUAUGCAGUGGGAGUGGAAAAAUUGUCCAACGACUUGGAAAGGACAGUAUGCCCGUGGAUCAAACAAACCGACAAUUGUCUUAGAGGCUGUAGCUUCACAAGAUCUUUGGAUAUGGCACGCUUUUUUUGGUCCUCCAUGUACCUUAGACGAUAUUAAUGUCCUCGAUCGAUUCCUGUUUUUGAUGACAUUAUAG